AUGCAAUACCAGGCUGAGCAUUACCAGGCCGAGACUCACUGGAGUUCUAAUUACUACCCAUUGGAGCGAGUGGUAAGGUUGGCCUCCGAGAGUGCAGUGGUCAUCUUCAGCAUUAGUACAUGUUGUAUGUGCCACGCAGUGAAGAGGCUUUUCUGUGGCAUGGGUGUCAACCCCACCGUGUACGAGCUCGACCAGGACCCCAGAGGGAAGGAGAUUGAGUGGGCUCUCAUGGCCCUCCUCGGCAACUCACGCCCCGCCGUGCCUGUCGUCUUCAUCGGAGGGAAGCUUGUUGGGGCCAUGGAUAGGGUCAUGGCGUCCCAUAUCAGUGGCACUUUGGUCCCCCUUCUUAAGGAAGCUGGGGCUCUCUGGCUCUAA